UAAUAAAUCAAUUCCGUUCCGGUUCACAUCCGGUACUCACAUUUCUCUUUAAUCCGUGAAUCAAAUCGAACUAGCCCAUCUUUGUAAUUGAUUAACCAAAAACUUAUUAAGCUUCCAAAGAGUUUCGUUCAUAAUGACAAACGUUAUGACCAUUCUGAUCCCCAACAUGAACACCAUUUAUUCUGGAAAAGGUGCAAUCAAAAUCAAAACAGCAUCAUGGUUUACUCCAAACCGGUCCUUGCCCACAACCUGCUCGACGUAAUUCCUCAACCGGUUUUUGUAUGUAGUGCUUGCCAACCCCCCUGUCACGUGCCUCGUACGUGACAAAGCCAUCCCCUGUUUCUCUUUUCUUUUCUUUUCGCCUUUCUUCUCCAUUUCUCCCGCCUCUUCUCUGUUUCUGAAGCGAGACCAAGAACACGCAAGAUCCUUGGGAGUCGGUUUACUAUGAAUCGUUUUCCUCCUCUGGCAGAUGCCAAGGGCGAAAAGCUCUUCAAGCUUGCCAAAGAUCUCUACGCUCAAGGCCAUCACAUCAAGGCCUUAGAGGCCAUCCUGGAUUUGUCUUUCCUCAAAGGGAAUGACAAGAAUCCUGUAGCUUACCUCCACGGUACUAUCUUCAGGGACCUCGCUGGAAAAACAGAGAACCCCAAUCUGAAAUUCACCUACUUGCUUUGUUCCGUUGAGAUCUUUACCGCAUGCAAGCCUUUCUCAGGGGUUGCUGCAUUGUCACUCUUCAACUUGGCUCAGCAGCUUGAAUCCAAGCUCUAUUACAAGAAAUCCCUGGCUCAAGCUAACCAGAUCGUCGGCGCUGUUCAGAAAUUAGAGUCUCUGAGGCAUGUUAUCGAGACUGCAGAGUCAAAGCUCGCUCAGUUCAAGAAUGGAACUCAUCUCGUUGAGGACUCCGAUAACUCGGAAGAUAUGAUUGAGUCGGAUGAAAAUGAAGAGACUAACACCACCAAGACUGAAUCUGAUUUCGUUAGAGGACUCAAGUCGUACUGGUCAGGGCUGAAUGUUGACAAAAGAAGGAACUUUGUGAAAGUAAGCAUUGUGGAUUUUACAAGUUAUGUCCAGAGAUUAUAUGGCACAGAGGGACGAGUUGCUUUGGAGAAAGUACUGGGUUCCGUUAGAAAAGACAAAAGAUGGAGGCUUUGGGUAUGUCGAUCUUGUUCGAAAGAGUUCUCUACUGCAGAAGAAUGUAGGAAUCAUCUCGAACGAGAACACGGUGCAGGGUUUCAUCCUAAUGUAGCAAUGGCUCUAGCUCAAAGGAUAAGCGAAGCCUGGGGUUGUAUGAUAUCUGAUGGUGGUUGGGAACCCCUGGAUACCGUAGCUGCUGUCAAAAUGAUCAAGACUCGUCUACAAGAUAUGAAAGAGUUUGUAUAUGAGAAGGGGUGGUCCAAAGAUCUGCCUUUAGCUGCAGAUGAAGAGCGCAGUAAGCUACUCCAGGAGAUUCGGUUUCUACUUGUGACGUUUCGUGACUGUAACAUUCUCUCACGUAGCGUUAUAGCCUGGGUGAAAGAUUUGGUGGUUAGCCAUUUUGAGAAACUUCAAGUUUCCAAACAUAGUCUUGCCGAGUGCGGCCUAGUGGACACACCUCAAAGUAUCUGCUUUUUGGAACGUCAUGAACUCAAUCAGUUCCUGGACCUUCUCAAGCGCAUCAAGUGUGAAAGGGAUGAUGGUACUGAACUUGUCUGCAGAGCGGUGGAUAGUGUCUACAAUGGUACUCGAGUUAAAGAGAAGAUCGACUUUGACAUGAAGUUUUCAUCUCUGCUUUUGGAUAAGAGACUGCUGCAAUGCGAGAUUGCUCAGUUCGAUGAGGAAGGGGCAAUCAGUUUCCUAAAUGCCAGUGCUCACUACGCCAAGGCAAAUGCUGGUGGCGAUGAUAUCAUACUCUGGUUGACAGAAAAGUCCUCAGAAGAUGAGAAGUUCCAAUUUCCGAGACCUAUUAGAGCACACAAUCUUGAUGUUUGGUUGGCAGUUCUGGGAGCCGUUCAGUUCACAUGUAGGACUAUGGGAACUCAAUACUACGCAAAGAAGCUCAGGGUCGGAGAUUUUACUGAAGUUCUCGUUGGCGCCAAGAACUUGUGCAUAGGCGAAGAUGAAAGGAGAAGGAGUACUCUGGAUGGUCAAAAGAAGACAUAUGCUUCUCUUCUAUGCGAUGAAUGUGAAAAGAAGCAUCUAGUGACAGACUCCAGUAAUUCUCUCGCGACAAGACUGUACUGUAGUGCAGUAGUAGAUGUUCUCAAAGCAGAAUUGCAUCCGAAAUUUGGUCUCCCCGAGUUAGAAGAUUGCCUGAAUGUUAUACGUGAUCAUAGAAAUGUCAGUGAUGAUGUGGUGUUGAGUUCCAUAAACCACCUGAAAUCAGUGAUGACCGAUAAGGUUCCUCUAAUUGAUUCUAAGAUCUUUCUGGUUGAAAACUCAAGGAUCAAUUUGCUCAACGACCUUGUCAGACUUUCUGUUUUUGACUACCGCUCUUACAUCCUUCCUCUGCUGAAAGACUUUAUGCUGGAAGGAAUUGUAGAUAUGGAAUGCAAAGCCAAGUUAGCUGCAGCACAAGCAGAUCGCUUACUCGAGGAGGAAAUGAAAUCACAGUCAAAAAAGAAGAAAAAUAAAAGCAACAAGGAAGAGUUAGCAGCAGCACAGGCGCUGAAACCUUUAUCCGAGAACAAUCAAGACAAAGAGAAGAAUUCGGGGUCAAAGAAGAAGAGACGAAGAAACAAAAAGGUUGUUGAAGAUGUGGAAUCUCUGUUUGCUUCCCUGAUUCUUUUUUUUCGGUUUAGUCAGUUGAGAACUUCAACAAGCAUGCCUGGAGUUCUUGAUCAGAAUGUCGAACAUGUUACUUCUCCAUCACCCAAACCGGGGGAAGAAGAUUCUAUGGAACACGAUCAAGAGGAAGCUGCUAAAGAUAUGCAAAAUAUGCCUGAAGAAGAGUCACCGUCGAAACAUUUGGAGCCAGCACAUGCAGAAGGUCCACCCAUAUAUAAUUCAGCUCUUGCCAUGACGCUGAAGGCUCUUUGUCACAUUCUUAAAGAGUAUUUGCUGCAAAAUCGUAAUCAAAUUUAUGACCACCGAGAAGAACGAGUUCCUUGUGCAAUAGGAAAUUUCUUUACUGCGUUUGUCUCGAAGCAAAUGAAAGAGGGAGUCUACAGUUGCCUCUUGAGCGACUUACUUGCUUCCAUAGAAGAAGUUUAUUCCAUGACAAGUUAUGCCGCUGAGCUACUCGUAUCCAUCCUUGAGUUUUGGCCUUGCUGGAAAUGUCCAGAAAUAGAAAGCGUGGUCACUCAUAUUUUUACACUGGAGGAAUAUGAACGAAUGAGUUGUAGCAAAUGCAAAAAGAAGCCAAAUUAUCCAGAGCAAAGUUCUUAUGGAAUCGUCAUGGCUGCAGAUUCAAUCAGAAACCUGAAGUGUGCUUUUGGAAAUAUAAAGUUUGAGGACAUCCUUAAAAUGAUUCGCAUGGAAGAUGAAAUGUUAUGUGACAUUAAAACAGGAGGCUGUGGAAAGGCAAACUUUGUUCAUCACAUUAUUAGUAGAUGCCCGCCUAUAUUCACAGUCGUGCUGGAAUGGGAGAAAGAUGAAACGGAAAAGGAGAUAUCUGAAACAACAAAGGCUUUGGACUGGGAGAUAGAUAUGAGCAGGCUAUACGAAGGCUUAGAACCAAGCACAAAAUACCGGCUUGUGUCAAUGGUUGGUUGUGGGGAAGAAGAAGAAUACAUAUGCCUAGCUUAUAAAAAGAACCGAUGGGUCAGUUUCAGUCAUGGAGCUUCAGCAAAAGAGGUUGUUGGUAACUGGAAGAGUGUGGUCAGAUUCUGUGAAGAAAGGAAGGUUCGGCCAGAGAUUUUGUUUUAUGAAGCUUUUGCAAAGGCCUAAAAAGUGAGAAAGUCAUAACUCAAUAUAGAAAACCGAUUCUUGUAUGAACAGAUACAUAUUCCAAUUCAAAAGCAGAUUGUUCUGUCUUAAUAAAGCGAUUGAUACUGAGUUGAAACAACUUAAAAGUUGUUCAAAGAAGUUAGUGAUACUUUCUUUGUAGA